AUGGAGGAAUACUCAAUGAGUCACAUCAAUGAACACCAGCAGUACCCUCUGCAAAACCAGUUCACAACACGGUCACUUGGAGCAAAAGGAGGAGAAGGAGGAGGAGGAAAAGGAGGAAGAGUGGGACCAGCGGGGAGAAUGGAUUCAGUGCCAGCAGCAACUGCAACACUACCUGCUACCACGAAUAUUUUCCACUGUGUGUCGUACAGGUCAAUCAUACAUAUGUCACCAAAUGAUAGGCACGCCUCUCAUAUGCCGCAGAGGUUAUCCUCUCAUUGUUAUUUAUUUGCAUAUCUCCGAUUGUCCAACCCCCUACCUCCUACCUCACGACCUAUCCAUCCCAUGAGCUCAUCGUCACCAACUACAAAUCGACGAUUCCUUCGACAUGAUUACAUCAUUAACCUUAACUGA